GGCCCCGCCGGCCUCCUUGGAUAAGGAGCGGCGCAUCCAUCUGCAUUUCCGGGUGUCGUACCACACAAAAUGGGGCCAGAGCAUCGCGCUGGCGGGGACGGGCGCGCUGCUGGGCAACAUGGACUUCUCCCGCGGCGUCGAGCUGUCGUGCCGCCACGAGCGGGACGAUCUGAUUUGGGAGGCGCUGGUCAGCCUGCCGUGGCAGCCUGAAUACAAAUACAGGCGAGAGUAUGCCGUCGUGCGGCGCGACGGGGAGGGGCGGCUUGUGGCGGAGCAUGAGGAGAUAAUCACACGCAGCGUGGUGCUGCCGCCCCAGCUGGAGAACGGUGACGUCAUCGACCUGUCGGACUGCUGGAUGGACCGCUCCUACCCGGGAUCCAUUUUGGACUCUUGCGCCUUCACAAAGCGGGAAGGGGGCGUGCCGCUUGCGCCCUCGGCGGUGGUGGUUCGGACGGCAGGACGCAACUCAGACCCCAUCUGCGGCCCUGCCACUGCGCAGGUCAUCCGGCGGCGGCGCGCCGGCUCGCAGCAGCAGCAGCAGCAGCAGCAGCAGCAGCAGCAGCAGCAGCAGCAGCAGGCCGCCCCCGGCCGCGCCUCCGCCGGCAGCGCGCGGGGGCCCGCCGGCGGCGGCUGCGGGGCGGGGGGCGUGCCGCGGCUGGUGCCGGUGGUGGCGGAGGCGGUGGUGCGGUUCAAGGUCAAAGACCUGAUGCUGGAGGACGGCGAGGUGCGCGGUCAAACGUUUGACCAGGGAGUUUGA